CCCAGUGCUUUUUUAGGAUGUGCAUGGAAACCAUAACAAAAUUAUUUGUUUGGUUUUCUUUUCUACUCAAUAAGUCAAUAAAAUAUGGCCCUAUGUUCAGGGUAUCUGAUAUUAGGGAGGGCUACAAUUGGUCACAUAGUGAACGUGCAUGCAUUUAUUUAAUUCGUUAUUUAUUGCUGGAAAAGUGGGUGCAUUUGGUUUAGGAUGAGCACCGAAGCCUGUGACAUUUUUAAAACUACAAUUGUUAAAUGUCCAUGACUUUAAUUAUAAAGUAAAAGAUAAUAUUGUAAAAAUAAUGGCACUUCCAAGAGUCAGAGCCCCCCCCCCCCUCUUUCUCUCUCUCUCACCAAAUUGAUGUUGCCGAUUCAUGUGGAUGCUUUGACGUUAAACUGAAGUUUUAAUGGCUAUAUACAAUUAUAUAGAUUAACAUAAACCAUAUUACACACUACAAAUUCUUGAUGUACAGUGCCAUUGCGCUUAUUAUAUAUAUAUUUUUAUUUAUAACGGAGCGAGUUGGCAAUGGGGCGAGUUGACUGGCGAGAAUUCGGAACUGCAAGAUGGCGACAGUCAGCUGUUUCAAAAGGAAAAAAUAUAUAGAGAAAUCUUUCCUAUGCUCGCGAUUGAUAUGUCAGUUUUUAAAUUUUAAACAAUAUCACAGAACAAAUGACUACACUGAGCGGACGUCCUCAAUCUCCUCCUUCUACAACCAAAGCGCCAUUGAGCAAGUAGCUAGACAGCCCUCGGUAAGGUUAACUCCCACAACUUUACUCUAUGCCGGAAAGAGUCCGGACAAAAGCCAUCUUCUGCGGAGUGCCCAGUAUCUACACAAGGAGCUUCCGGUCCGGAUAGCUCACAGGAUCCGGGGCUUCCGAGGUCUUCCUUUCAUUGUAGGCUGCAAUCCUACAAUUCUGAAAGUUCAUGAAAUGUACAUCAGAGCUUUCUAUAUUCUUUAUGAACAUCCACCAGUUGUGGACUUUGCAUCAGAGCAGGUUUAUAGUCACACCUUAAGAACGCUACUCGAUGAUCAUAGUAACGUAGUAACCAUGCUGGCUGAAGGCUUCUCCGAGUGCCGCAGACACAUUCAGGAUGAGGAAAUGAUACGACUGUUUUUGGACCGAAUGUUGAAAUCCCGCCUCGGAAUUAGGUUAUUAGUGGAGCAUCAUUUGGCUUUACACGAUGAAAAGGCAAACCAUGUUGGCAUUGUAGAUGUUAACUUUUCUCCAAGAGUUUUCGUGGAACAGUGUGCUCAAAAUGUCAAGAACCUUUGCUUGUCUAAAUAUGGAUGUUCACCAGCUAUUCGUUUGAAUGGACAUCUUCAUGCCAGGUUUCCAUAUAUACCACAACCUCUGGAGUAUAUAUUGGGAGAAAUAUUAAAAAAUGCCUACAGAGCCUCUGUUGAAAGUCAUGUCACAAAUAGAGACAAUAUUCCUGAUAUUAUAGUCACAAUUGCCAAUAAUGACUUGGAUUUCAUUAUAAGAGUGUCUGAUAGAGGAGGGGGUAUCCCCCACAGCAUCGUGGAGAGGGUUCAUAAUUACAACUACUCAUCGUCAGGUGGUGAAAACAACAACAACAACACUGGGGCCCAGCAACAGGUCGGGCUGUUUGAUGAGAUCACAAACCCGUGCAACAGGAGUGGCGAAAAUCCGGGCACCAUGCACGGGUAUGGAUUUGGACUUCCUUCUUCGAGAACCUACGCUGAUUAUCUGGGUGGAAGUUUAAGUAUGCAGACCAUGCAGGGCAUUGGAACAGACGUUUACCUGCGAUUAGUUCAUAUCGAUGGAACAAAGGAAAGCUUUCGCAUUUAACAGGUUGACAGGUUGUCAUUUGGAAAAAUGUUGUGUACACCUAGUCUUGUAUCAAAGUUGCUUUUUGCAAAGCAAAAAAAAAAUACAUAUAAUUCAACUGGAAGCUGCAGUUCUAUCAAAGUUUUACAAUCAGAUUUUUUUUCCUUUGCCCGCCGUCCAUAAAUCAGUACUUCAUGACAAAGUAACUUACAUGGUUUGGGGCUUGGGAUGGUCCCUACCCUAAGAUUUUAUUUUAAAGAUAUGACAAAAAAGUUAUUAUUCGCGUUAUGAAUUGAGGAUUAAUAUAUUUCUCCACUUAUAAUUUGGAAGAAUAGAUCUGAAAUUUUAUAAGAUACUCAUGAAGUGGAUAUUCCACUCCCUUUUUUUUUUUGCCAUUUCAUUUUUAAAAAAUAUUUACAAAAUGGUGUAGAUAAAUCUUCAAAACCUGUACAUAAUUGUCAACGGUGGUUAAGGUAUAGGAGCUUGUCUGAUCCACAACGUGUGAGGACACUAAAUCUGUAUCCAAAACCUGUUUCAAGGUUGGUAUUUCAUUUCUUUAAAUCACAUAUCCCAUAUACCAACCUAUUGAUAAGUGCAUAUCACCUAAAUUGAGGAAAAUGAAGGCGAAACUCAGUACAAUGGUUACUUAACAUUUUUGCUACAUUUUCAAAUGUAAUGAUAUAGUGUGUUUUUUAAGGUACCUCUGUUAGUAGCUGUAAUAUAUUUUUGAGGGUUAUGUAUGUAUAUUGAUAUUUUUUAUCAACUUUGAUACAAAUCAAAACUUAAAUGUGUUCUUUAAAUAAUUGAUUUGAUUUUAAACCUUUAAUGACUACUGUUAUGUACAUUUAUAUGAAAUAGUUUUUCUUGCCUGUGAGAUCUUCCCUUACUAGUUACUUAAUAUUUGUUUAUGCAAAGCAAAAUUUCAAUGUGUGAAGAUGAAAUAUGCUGGGUUUUUGCUUGCACUGAUAUGAUGUUAUUUUUGUUUUUUACAGAGUACGUUUAGAUUUUUUUAAAGUUAAGAAAUAAAUUUAAAGUUCACCGGGAUAUGAACUUGAUUGGUCACGUGAUUAAAUCCUGUGAAGCCCAAAUGGCUUCUCGGAAUAUUUGAUCACGUACCAACCAAGUUCAUAUCCCGGUGAACUUUUAACACUUCUGUUUAUUACAUGUACUUAUAUUUACGUUAGAGAAAGGCAAAUUGUUCAAAAUUACUGUAAACAACUUCUAUUUGCGACAAUAUUAUUUCGCGAUUUGUUGUCAAUAAACUGGUUCGCAGCGACUAAUUUUCGCGAGUAAACUUCAUAUUAUUUCAACCAUAUGAAAAAGGUUGGUUCGCGGCGAUAAAUAUUUGCGACGACGAAGGUCUCGCGAACCUCGCGAAAUUUUCUCGUUGGCGAUUAAAAGUUGGUCUACAGUACGUAGUAUUAACAUAACUGUGUUAUUAUGUCUGUAAUAAUGCAACUAACAAACAAUUAGCGCGUGCGGUAAUCAUUGUUACGCCAUUAAAAAGUUCACACAGAAAUGAAUGUUUUCACUAUAUAUUGCAUUAAGCUUCGUUCAGGUUCUGUACCCUAUUACAUUGUUUGUUGAUGAAAUAGAGAAGUCUAACUUCUCCUGAUCCAUCAUUUUCCUUCUCUUAGAUUCAUUGUUCCAGGCAUUGCAUACGAUUUUAUUAUCGCUGGACGUUUUGUCUUUGUAAUAUGCAUUUAUGUUCGCUGUGUUUGCAGAUAUAUGGCAUUCUUUUACUUACCGCUUAGUGUUAAGCUAACUACUGUUUAGUCACCGAGUAACAUGGCUGCAGUGAUUGGCGGUGCUUUAUUUAAAGCUCAUAUUUUUUUUUGAUUCCUUGUGUGAAAGUGUUGUGGAUGGAAGUUCUAUGUGUCCGCGACUUUAUAUUCAUAUUUCUUAAUCAUUGUCAUAGAGCGGAAUGGAUCGAUUCACUUCAUACAAAAGAUAAUAAUCUGGUACAAUAUGGCGAUAUUAUGUACAUGUAUAUGUAGGUAUACCGCGUCUCUUUAUCUAGUUCAAGUAUUUCUAGUCGGUGCUGCCAUGUGACAUAUAUACUGUAUACACAGCUUUUUAUGGAUUGAAAUUUUUUUUUGUUGACAACGCAUUGUUAUUUGAACAUUUACAGGAUUUUGAGGGUAGGUCGGAAAAAUUCUACGGGCCCACUUGACUGAUUAUUGGUAUAACAUUACAUUGAAACUGUUUUUGAAAUAUGGUCGUUUUAUGCAGUUUCUACAAAAUAAAGGACAAUUUUAAAUACUUAC